UACAAACUAAAAGAGAAACUACGAAAUAAUUUGAAAUAUGAUAAUGAUUUGGUGGAAUCUGUAUCUCUGUCGUACAAAACAUUUGAGGAUUCAUUUUUUUUUUAUGAUAGAGAUAUAGAUGCCAAAACAUAUAAUAAAGUAUGUCAUGGAUUAUAUAAUUAUUCUGGUGAUGAAGAAUUAAAAAUUUUGGAAAAUUUAGAAAAUGUAUAUAAAAUUAUUGAAGAAUUAAAAUAUAAUCCUAAUUAUUUUACUUCAUGUAAAAAGAAUUAUGUAGAAUAUAUGAAUUCCUUAAAAUUAUGUAAAUAUAGGAGUAACAAUAUUUUUAACUCAAUGCUUGAAAAAAUUGAAAAUUUAUAUGAUAAAAAAUGCCCUAUGGAAAAAACACAAUUGGAUUCACCUAGAUUGGACACACAAGGAAGUGAAAUAACAGAGAUUAGUAGCAUUGUAACUGCAAGCAAUACGGCAGAAACUAAUGCAUUGUCAGUGAUUGAAACAAUUAAAGGAGUAAAUAUAGGCACAUUUUCUUUUAUAUCUGUAAUAUUAAUAGC